CUAUUGCAUUACUGUAAUACUAAAGAUGGUUUGGGUGCUAAAGCUGUCACGUGCACAUUUUCAGAUGUACGGAUGUAAUUCUUCGACCCCGUGCGGGUAACUUUUUUGGGUUUCUCAUUCUUGUUUCUGUCGGGCCCUCACACGACCACAAUAACGCUCUCUUCUCACUGGAAAAUUUUUCACUUUAUUAAAUGAAAAAUAAAAAUGAAUAAUUUCACUUCCUCUUCUCUUCUUUCUUCAUCACAUUAUACACUUAUCAAAGAUGUCUACUCGUCCUCAAGUUUCUGUCAUCUCCGCUAAAGGUGAACAAACCUCCACUCAAUUACCAUUACCAGCUGUCUUCUCUGCUCCAGUCAGACCAGAUUUAGUCCACUCUGUUUUCGUUAGAGUUAACAAAAACAAGAGACAAGCUUACGCUGUUUCUGAAAAAGCCGGUCACCAAACCUCCGCUGAAUCAUGGGGUACCGGUAGAGCUGUUGCCAGAAUUCCAAGAGUUGGUGGUGGUGGUACUCACCGUUCUGGUCAAGCUGCCUUUGGUAACAUGUGUAGAGGUGGUCGUAUGUUUGCUCCAACUAAAACUUGGAGAAAAUGGCACAUCAAAGUUAACCAUAACGAAAAACGUUAUGCUACUGCUUCCGCCAUUGCUGCUUCUGCUGUUACUUCUUUAGUUUUAGCUAGAGGUCACAGAGUUGAACAAGUUAAAGAAUUACCUUUAGUUGUUUCUAACGAUUUCGAAUCUGUUACCAAAACUAAAGAUGCCGUUGCUGUCUUAAAAUCUAUUGGUGCUCACAAAGAUUUAAUUAAAGUUAUUAAAUCUAAAAAAUUGAGAGCCGGUAAAGGUAAAUUGAGAGGUAGAAGAUUCACUCAAAGAAGAGGUCCAUUAGUUGUUUACGCUCAUGACAAUGGUCUUACUAAAGCUUUAAGAAACAUUCCAGGUGUUGAAACUUCUGAUGUUAAACACUUAGGUUUAUUACAAUUAGCUCCAGGUGCUCACUUAGGUAGAUUUGUUAUCUGGACCCAAGGUGCUUUCGAAUCUUUAGAUUCCGUUUACGGUUCUGAUUCUACUAAAUCUAUUAAAUCUGGUUACACUUUACCAUCUAACAUCAUUUCUAACACUGAUGUUACCAGAUUAAUCAACUCUGCUGAAGUCCAAGCCGUCGUUAGACCAGCUGGUCAACCAUCUCAAAAGAAGACUCACGUCUUAAAGAAGAACCCAUUGAAGAACAAACAAGUCUUAUUAAGAUUAAACCCAUACGCCAAGGCCUUCUCUGCUGAAAAAUUAGGUUCUGCUAAAGUUGAAAAAUCUAAAGCUAAACCAUCUAAAGGUCAAUUCUCCGCUGUCUUAAGAGAUUAAAUUUAUUAAAUUAUUUUUUAAUCAUUUAAUAUAUUUUUGUCCUUUAUUGAACACGGAAAUUUUAUAUAAUUUUGUAUAUUGAAG